UUUACAGCUUGUAAUAGCGAGUCUUACAAUUGAUAAAGAGAUGAAUAUUUAUGUGUUUAGUAUUGAAUGGAAGUUCCAUGAUGUCGAAACUGCAAACAAUAUUUGUGAUUCUACUGGCACUAAAUAAAUGUCAUUCAUCACGGCAUAGAUGUGGAAACGAUCAGUUAGGAGAAAGUUUGUUGCACGAACAAGAAUUAUUUAGAAGGAACUCGGAUAAAAGACAGAAUUACACGAUUGCUUACAAAUAUUUAAAUUCUGGCAUUAGUGGUAUAAUUCAUUAUGUUCAAUUGGAUGUGAAUGGUGAUCAGCAAAGUAAUGCAAGCAUAAACUUUUCCAAAAACAUCGAUGUUUCACAAUAUCGUUUUGUGGACGCAAGUGUGCGCAUUGAGAAUGCGACUGAUUUUAUUUCAACGAUAGAAAUUUACGGAAUACCUGGUUUUAAAUUUGAAGUCGGUAAAGAUUUGGAUUGGCUUUUUGAUUUUAAAAUAGUUAAGCCACGUUCAUAUGCAGUGCUUUGCAUGGACAAUUCUCGGAAAUUGAGUUACCAGAAGAAGCGCGUUUUUGAGUUUGGCAACCGAACGACGGGUGACUUUUUAAUUUAUGCACAAAAUGGAUAUGGCACACGAAAAAAAUUAAAACACCACGAACUCACUUUUAACUUCUAUGAUCCUCAAAUAAAAAUUACUUAUUUGACACUGAAUUCAGAUUCACCAUGGGCCAUUGUUUUUCAUAACAAAAUUCAAAUGACAGAGAAUCAUUUCAAAGCAACUUUAUAUGGAUUAGAUAUGGAAUCAUUUUUUGUAGAAUUAUUUGUAUUUGGUGUGCGAAAAUGAAAUUAUUGCCUUUGUAUUACCAAUUUUUAGAACCAACAAAUACAGUAAAAAAAUA